AUGACGUAUUUGAAUCAUGUCAUCAAUGAAUGUCUUCAUCUCCAUGCCCCUGCCAAAGCUGCAACACGUACUCGCCUCUCCAAUUGCAUAUUACCUUGCGUCGGCCAUCCCGAUGGCCCUAUUUAUACUCACGCCGGUAGACAUAUUUUCAUGGACUUCGGAGCUAUGAAUACAGACCAAGAUUAA